GCAUCAUGCAGAAGCUAAAACUUUCCCUGAAUGUAAGGGAUGGGACAGAUAGAGGAUUGUGUUUGUUUGUUGGUAGAAAAAGAAAGAAAAAAAAGUGGUUGUUUCUAAAAUCUCACCGUUCAUUUUCAACUUUUUCUCUUCCUCUGGUUCCCCAAACACCAUCCACCGAAAUCAUAGCUACACCCAUCGUCUUCAACAAUUCAUUUCCUCUUAGAUUCGUCAUUUUUCUCUCUGCAUUUUUUCCCUCAAAAUAAAUCAUCAUUUGCUUCCACUUAAUUCUUUUCUAUAUUCGUCUUCAGUGUCUCAACAAGGAUGGGGAGAGUUAAACUCAAGAUAAAGAAAUUGGAGAGCACAAGCAAUAGACAUGUGACUUAUUCCAAGAGGAAAAGUGGAAUUCUAAAGAAAGCAAAGGAAUUAUCAAUUCUAUGUGAUAUCGAUAUUCUCCUUCUCAUGUUUUCUCCAACAGGAAAACCUACCAUGUUGCAAGGAGAGCGCAGUAAUAUGGAGGAGAUCAUUGCAAAAUUUGCCCAACUUAGUCCACAAGAAAGGGCCAAACGGAAAAUGGAAAGCCUUGAAGCACUGAAGAAAACCUUCAAGAAAUUGGAUCAUGAUGUAAAAAUACAAGAUUUCUUGGGCUCAAGUAGUCAAACGGUGGAGGAUCUAACUCAUCAAGUGAGAGUUUCGCAAGCACAACUUGCAGAAAUACAACAGAGACUGAGCUAUUGGAGUAAUCUAGAGAAGAUCAACAACUUGGAACAUCUUAGAGAAAUGGAAGAAUCGCUCAGGGAAUCAAUCAAUCGGGUGUGUAUACAAAAGGAAAAUUUAGGAAAGCGCCAAUUAAUGUCACUUGAAUGUGCUAACCAGUUACCGGAAGGGAUGACUUUACCCUUGAUGAUGACUGGUCUACAAGAAUCCCAACCCUUGUCUUGGCUUCUAAGUGGUGAUAAUCACCAGUUGAUGUUACCUAGUGAACCAAAAUUUCUGCCAUUUAGUGAUAAUGGCAAUAGAGACACGGAGUGCUCCACCGACAUUUCACUCCCAGGGUACUCCAGUUUUAUUGGGAAUGGAAAAAUUGAGGUUGGAAGCUCUCCAAAUGUCACUAAUUUGGGUCAGGGAAAUGGUAACUUGAAUGAGUUAAAUGGAAAUCCAAAUCCUUACUUAAAUGUACAACAUUGUGAGCAGCAGUUUGCAUACCCUCCUUCCCAAGAUCUCGAGGACCCGAAACAUCACCAAACAAUGAAUAGUAAAUCAAAUACUACAGAUUACCAAGUUAAUAACAAUUACGAACUUCCAAGAUCACUAUUUGAAACGGAACAUCAGUUCUGGAAUUCUACUCCUGGCUCUUGCGGGAUUGCCAUGUAUAAUGAAAAUGGCUUUCAUAGGUAACUGAUUGGUCCAUGCCAGCUUCAUGAAUUAAAAAGGAUGAUGAUUUCAAUGAUUUGACCAAUAUUACUGCAAGAACUAGAUUAUGUUGCUUGCUUAUUCACCAAUGAGACCAAAGAUGUUCCUAAUAGAGGGUUGUCUAUGAUAGUUGUAUAUAAUGUAUGCCAUAGAGGAUAUAGUUUGUCCAUAUACAGAUAUUUUCUUGCCUUGAAUACUGACUUGUUUACUAGUAGUUUUUUUAGUUAAGUUAGUGAUCCAAGUUGUAAAUUUGAUUUCUUUAGAAAAUAAAGUGUAAUCAUAUAUUAAUAUCAAGACCCCUAGAUGUGAGUCAA